AUGUCGCAAAUUCCUGUCGUCUCUCAAGAGCUUCCAUUCUCCAAUGAGUGGGCCAGUCCCCCGCAAACCACCACGAGCGACGUCCAAGCUGCGAGGGGUGAAGUCCUACGCAACACUUCAGGUAAGUACUACUUCAUCGUUGAAUAACACCGGGCGAAGAGAUCGUCAUAGUCUGGCGAUGUCUGACAUGACCUCUUGAUCCUUUAUCAGCGUCCAUGAGCCAGUGUGACUUCUCCCUCCCCUUCGGACUCUAG